AUGGAUUUGGGUUUCGCAGCAGUAAACAAUCCGGAGGAGUGGGGUGACGAGAGCCCUCGGAAAGUCGUGGAGGCCUCUGACACGGUAAGAAUUCUUCGUGGUUGUACUAAGGCUAAGUAACAUAUUUGUUUUUUUGUCUUUGAGAUUGGUUGAGGAUAAAUGCAUGCUCAUGAUGAUUAGUCUGUUGUAGGUAUAAUACGCACGACACCAACAACAUCUUCAAAGAGAUUGCCCACCUUUUAGCACCUGCAGCAAGCGGAAAGAUAUCAGUCAGAUGACGCAAGCAAUGAGAAAGAGCACCAAUUGGAGACUUUUUCAACACAAAUAGCACGACUAGACGUGCUACUUCUACUACUGAAGGAUCUGCACUUCCUUCGAACUACCGUGACAGCAUUUGAUUUUUUUAGUAUCACUGUUGUGUUACUUCGCGUGCGUCGUGUUGCGUGACUUUCGCUUUUCGAAGACGAAGUAUCGAAAUCGAUAAGUAAAAGUUGUGCCUUCCGGUUCCACGCAAUUAACAAAUAUAUAUCAAUAUUAUGCAUCGUUUCAAUAUCACAAUUAGUUUGCUCAAAAGUAGUACGUAGUAGAUGUUGCUACUCCACCAACAUCACUUUCUAGUAGAGUAGAGGUAGUUCAGGUUUUUGUUCUAAGUAGAGCACGUUAUCAAUAACGUGCAACCUGCUCUGAGAAAGGACCCUCUCAAGGACCACCUGUCGUCAGAGACAUUCAGUGUCUGGUUUUGUUUAGGGUUUGAGCGCGAGUAUUCAGUAUCUUCUACAUAAAUUCCAGUAACACCUGUAAUCCUGUACCGCGGACAGCAGGACACGGGUGGCAGCUGUUGUUCUCCAACGGGGAUGACAUUCAUCCUCCUCAGGAAAUCGCGUCACCUUCGUGAAAGAACACACACGAUGACUGAAGUUCGCGUGUCUGUUUCAUCUGAAGUAGAGCGACAGUAAUCUUCUCUUCUAUUGUGAUGUGGAUCCAAAGAAAGAUCAGUGGUCGUUGUGACAUUGAGAAACAUGAACAUCAUGCCUGAUCGAUGUAAUGUCCUCGGGAUCUAGUGAGCCUCUGCCCAGAGAUGUAAAAUGUACGUCUUGCGUUGCCGACAUCAUCCCUUCUUACCCCAGCAUUGAGCCUUAGUUGAGCAUUACUCUCUCGCUCCGUUAUUUCUUCAAUGUAGUUUUGAAUGAAAGGUUUGCAUCAAGCGCAGCUCUUUUCAGUCACCAACAAAAGGAACCUCCACCACAUCUUCAUCAAGCAUGAUUUUGUCUUUCUUUGGCUCAUGAUCUUCCAUCUUCUUCACCUUGAAAUUCGAUCUACUAGAUGAACAUCAGUUGGAGACACUGGACCACGGACUACAUGUACCAUUAUCAAACCCUUGUACAACUAGAAGGACAACCAGGUGGCGAUGGGGGAAACGCGAAGUAAGCAGCACGGGCGGUUCUGGCGCUUGGCGUUCUUCAUGAUUUUCGCUGCAACUACUGAGCCCCCAUGUCAACUUCUCAUCUUCAUCUUGCAACUCGUUACCCCGAAUUACCACCGCAUUUUGUUCGCAAUCAAUAUUGACCACUUUCUCUCAGGUAAACGUCCCAGCAGAGCCAUUGAAGAGUACGGAUGCCGUUGCAGCAGCACCAGCCCCCGCGACGGGCCCGCCACCGGGAAAAAUGCGUAUUUUACUUCUUCUUUCUUUUCAUUUGUUGCUUCGUUCUUGUGUAAGCAGUGUCGUGUUUCUUGUGAUUGUCUAACCUGUGUUUCUCUUCAUUGGCACUUUCUUGAAAUCAACGUGCAUCACAUUCCCUUCCAAAAAUCCGUACCAACAGACAACGACAAGCGGACGCGAUAUUUCAUUAUCAAGUGCAACAACAAUAAAAACCUGGUAUCAAGCAUCCAGAAUAACGUGUGGGCGACGCAAAGACAUAACGAGAAGAAACUCAACGAAGCGUACUUAUUUUUCUGAUUCUUGUUAGAAGGUGGAAGAAGCCCAUCUACUUAAGCGUAUUUAUUUUUCUGAUCAUUGUUCGAAGAAGCUUCCUCAUCUAACAACUGAGAGUUCGAGCAGGAGGAACUUGUUCUACUUUCAAAAGGUCAUACAACUCUGACGAUUUCAUUCAUCGCACUUGUUGAACACCGUUCUCCUCAACGAAAAAUCUCCCAGCUCAUAUUCAUUAAAACAACAACACCUUCAGGUUACGGGUAUCACCAUAUGUCAUACUGCUGUUUUCUGUGAACCUUUCCGGACAUUUUCAAGGAUACGCAAGAAUGGUAGGGAAGUGCGGUCAUUCUACGACGCGGGAUCCGUUCAACGGAUUUGGAGCGUUGUUUGAUAUCAAGUACUAGUUUGCUUUUUGUUGCCUAGAUGUAUGAGUAUGUUGUUGGUGGGUUUUAAUUUUGCGUGGAUGGUGUAUCGUCACACAAUCUCAAUCUUCAUGAAUGAAUCAUCAGAAUUAUCGCCUUUCCCUUUGAAUCCUUCAGAUGGUUAAACGGCUCCACGAGGACUUGGAUUUCAAUGAGCACAAUCUUUUCUCAUAUUUCAGGUGGUUGAAGCUCCACGACUUGGAUUUCAAUGACGUUGCUGACGUGACAAAUGAGUGGAACAACAAUUUGAGUGUGAAGAUAUCACGAGAUGGACAGGAGUUGCCUAACAGUGUAGGCAAGAGGAUUUGUGAUUUGAUCGACCUGGGCGUUUUCAAGGCAGAUCCAGAAGCCUUCAUUGAGGAUGACGAAGAGCCCACCGUAGUCCCAGACGACGUCCCGGAAUUGGGACAGCCGUUGUUUCCAGAGAGCUACCAAUAUAACAGCAACCGAGGAGGUGGAGGUGGCCUCCAACAUCACAACAAUAAUAGUCAUGGGCAUCAUGGUGGAUACAACAAUAACAGAGGCGGAGGUGGACAACAACAUGGUUACGGCGCAGGUGGUGGCGGUUACGGAGGCUACAACCGUGGAGGCGGUAAUACUGGCUAUGGUCCAGACAGGGGAGGAUACGGCAAUUACAAUAGGAACGGACCGUAUGGAGGUGGUGGUCAUGGAAGCAAUCAAAUUUUCGGAAACCAUCACCAAAACCACAAUAACAACAAUAUGGGAGGACAUCAUCAGUACAACAACCAGCCACAUAGUAGUCAGCAUAAUGGUCCUAUAACGACGAAUAGGACGGGCGGGCCGCCAACGACUUAUGGAGCAGCGCCUGGUAGCCAGUACAGUACGACAAUAGCAGGCACUUCAGGUACUUGGACGACGAUAGCAAGCACUGGCUCAAGCGGACCAAACUAUGCCAACGGAUGGGGUGGCCAGCAAGUUGCAGCUCCAUCUUCGUCCACUGUAAUAGCGAAUGGCGGUGCACCUCAGCAUACCACAAUCGGCACUAGUUCGGGUAGUAUGAUAGCAACAUCGAGACCUAUGCAGGUCAUUUCGAGCACAGGCAACAACGUCGUGCCAGCGCAGGUGAUCUACGUCACAAAUAGCAAUCCUUCACCGGGAGGUUCAGCGCCCAUCCCUCAGGGCAGCACUAUUGUUACGACGAGCAAUGCGGGUGCUACAACUACAACUACGGGCCCUCCGCCAGGAUCAAUAGUGGUACAACAACAACCUCCACAACAGGUCUCUAGUGGAGGUGGACAAGCGAUAUCUGCGGGAGCGCCAUCGUCAAAGCCAGACUUCGUCAACAUGAGCUACGAUCAGUACUGAUUUUUAGAUUUUUGAUUUUGACUCUCGCCUCUUAAAUUUAAACUCGCUUUUUUGCUCUUUUGUUAUUCUACAUGCUCGUCCAUGAACUUCUCUUGCUUAAAUUCCUUGUACCAAUCUUCAGAUGUUGAGUAAAGGAAGGGAGAUCCUGUGGAUGUAACAAGAAAGAUUAACUGUGCUACUAGGCUGUAGUUGUACAGCAAUUUACUACUGGCGUUCGAACUACAUGGUCAACAUACAUUGUGUACUUCUUCUAACUGAAUUAUUUAAUAAUUCUUAGGUAUAUCGAGUGGCAUAAGGCGCAGAAACAACAGGGGGAGGGCGAUCUAAGCAGUUCAGAAGAAGGCUAAUCUGUUGAACAGGAGAAAAGUUGUUGGGGAAGUGAAGGUAGAGGAUCAUCAAGAGAUAGUAGCCCACUUUGGACUGCGCGGCGCCGUAGCCCACUUUUGCAUUUGCGUGGUUGUACCCAAUCGCCCAUACGCUGGUCCCUGGGCUCCACUUUGAAGCUGCAGUGCUCAGUUGCACACGCAUGUUGAUUGAGCCUAGUCCUAUGCAGCCAGUCUUCUGCAGCUGAACUUCAAUAGUAGAAGAAGAUCGUCCGCAACAUGUAGUGCUCAUCUUCUCAGGUAUCAGCAGUGGUACUCGCAGCAUGCCGCUAAGGAGUCAUCGGAUGAUGAGUUGAGCUCCUCGGAUGAUGGAAAGAAGAAAAAGCCAGCCGGUGUUUGGUUACCUGAUACCAUGCGAGCAACUAUGAUGAACGGAUGAAACAGGAUUAGUGCUGGUGUCGUGAGUGUUUGGACUUACGCGGUCGUGGAACAAGGAUGUUGGAAGCGAUGAUGGGUAUGACUGGAGGUGUCUUGAGGAAAGGGAUGCAGGAAGAAAAGACGUUCGAUCCAGUUGAACGGCUGGUGUGCUGAUUUUCCAAAGAUGAUGUCUCAACCAAAAUCUAAAAGACAAAGAGAAUAGAAGCAGUUACUUAGUUCAUCAUUUUGAAUUUGUUGCCGUUGUAAAAACCUUUUGAAAAAUAGCGAAACUAAAAAAAACGAGACCCGACUUUCUUGUUGAUAGUAGAUUAAACCUUAAAUUGAAUGACCCCCGGGUCGCGGGUACCCCUUAUUUGUUGGUUGCGGACCAAUCCGCUUUCCCCAGCUUUAAUGAUAUCAUGCCACAUUCCUGUCCCCAACCUAGAUUGUAAUGGAUUUAUUAUCGUGUCCAUUUGGUAUUUUGGGACAGCCGCAAGGCGCGCAGCCAACGGAGACUAAGAAGCAU